AAUCACAACACGCGCCAUUAAGCCAGCCAUCCCCGCCAUCGAUUGCCAGCACGGAGUCGGAUUGCUGAGCUUCUUCCACUCUUUUUUUUCGCUAUUUCGUUUUUCAGCAUUUUCUCUCGUAAUAUCCGCGCGCGGAGCACUGCAUCACCGACAACUUGCGUAUCGCUCGACCAGGGACCGACCGGCCGACUCCUCGAUCACGAUGGGCGUUUGUGCGUCAUGCCUCGGGCGGGGAAACAAGGACGUCUAUGAAGAGGACGAAGAAUCGCGACUCCUCUACGACGAUCCAAACAAUGUGCACUAUGGAAGCUUUGGGGAGCAGAGCGUAAUCGGACAGGAGGAUCCGAUGGAGGUGCAACGAGAAACCGAGGCUCUGCAGAGAGUCGUGGCAAAGACGUCCGACAACAUGGUCGACAUUUUCGAGAUUGCCCCGCAGGAUCACGCACAUCGGCCUGCGCCGACUACCUUUGCGUAUGCAGGACAAGAAGCCCGCAUUGUGCGGUACCAACACCUCCUCUCGAAGCUGGCGUCCAAGGACGAGGCCCCAACUGGUGUCCAAGUGGACUGGCUUCCCCAGGAAGACGACACGAUUGAGAUGCAGCGCGGCGUCCCAGCAGUCAAGGCCGAGUCGGACAAGCCCCUUGUCGGUACAUUUGCAGAUGCAGCAGCGGCCAUGGUAUGAUACGCCUUGGUCAUGAGUCGUUUCCUCCUUUGGUCUUCCCCCACCCCCCUCCCCGAGACCACGGCCAGAGCGGCUAAGCUGUGCUCUUUUGCUCUGUUAUUUUCCCCCUUGUCCCCCUCGUCGUGCAUUCUCAAAGAUGCUUGUAUUGGUCGACGCAACGACGCAAGGUCAAGGUCCCGUCGGAUUACGGCAACAUGGGACGGAUGGCUUGGAGUGACGACAUUUUUUUCCCUCUUUUCCUCGAUACCCCCCUUCAAAUGGAGCAUGCAGACGCACACUUUCAAACCCACCCACACCCACACCCACACCCACACAAAGCACUCAACAUAGUAGGCAUCCAUCCACAUUUACUCACAUAUCGCUUUUCCCGUCUUUUCUAUGUCGAAACCCCUGUACUUGGUAUCAAAAAACCCUUGUUUCACACGCCUGGGCAACAACGAGGUUUAUGAGAAAGGUGGACACAAUGGGCCCAGGAGACCACGAAGUAAUCAAUGAAAAAUUCGAUCCAUCCCA